AAAUCGUCAAAGUGCAUUAAAGGACUCGGAACGGCUUGUUCUACAAAUAACAUAAUGACGUCGUAAAUGCACAAUUACCGGCGCUUGUUAAUAGUGUAUGAGCUAUUUGUUGUACAAACUGCAAUCAUGUAAUCGCGAAAGGACUAACAGCAACACUUUUAGCCAUAGAUGGACGUUAAGUAAUUGCAAGAAGGUAUAGGAUCUGAAAAUGAACAGUGUGGAUGGUAGUCAGACGGUGCGUGCCAGUAACUGACCAUUCGUAACCCUUAUCGCUUCGAGAUAAGGACUAAUGGUCAGUCGUCGGCGCGCGUGCGCGGCUGACCGGCGGCGACCACCGCCGACCGCCAGUGAUCGUUAGCCCGCGCCGCGGCCGCCCGUGCAGCAUGUGACAGGAUGCCGCCCGUGGACCUGUCCGAGGAGGCGUUCACGGUGCUGCAGGACCCGCCCGUCAACGUGGUGCGGCCGCUGCCACGCGCCGACAUGGUCGCUCCGACACCACACUCCCUACUGGACCCGAAGUUCUCCCGCGCGCUUGAUUUCAAACUUCGCCGGUUGAAAGAGAAAGAGAUACUCCAGGCGAAUUUACGCAGACCUACACGGAGAGCGCGCGCGGCGCCGCUUGCUGCUUCCAAUCCGAGCUUGGGUUCCAAAGCGCAUAACUGUGUUGAAGGCAUGAGCAGAUCACAUCCACGUAUCGAUGUGAUAGCGCCUGAAGAAGAUGCUUCGCCAACAGGCCCGCCAGCGGAGGGUUCUCCGUCGCCGGGGCGUGGUAGCCGGCGCGCUAGACGCCACGCGAGUCCUGGCGAGCGGCCGCGCUUCGUCACGACUGUCAAAGUUGGGCAGUUCCUUCCUCCGCCGCCUGAGUUAGCGGAGCUUCUUGGCCUGGAAUCUCUGUACCCAGCACCAGCGCCUGUAGUUUACUCAUACGCGAGCCGGCCGAAGGCGGUAGCCGGGCGUAGUAAACGCGCGGCGCCAGAACGUAAGGAGGCGCCGGUGGCGAAGCGGCCAGCAGCGGGCGAUGUGUUCAGCGGGGUCCGGGCGCUCAUUGCUGGCGUGGCCGGCCUGCGACACAUGGUUGAACAGAGCGAUACCACCGGCAGUAUGGCGACAGCGGGCGGCGGCAACCUCAUGCACGACAAGCGCAUCGUGCGCGGGAGCACCUUCGCUGCGCACCCCCAAUCUCACGGCGAUGGUAUCGAGAGCGCCGCAGCGAAAGCAGCGCGCACGCGGCGACGCGCGCUCGCCCGGCGCGCCGCCGCCGCGCGUCUACGGCCCGGCACGCCGCCGCCCGCGCCCGGCCGCCGCCACCACCCCAUCCAGACCGAGUACUACCUCGAGGAGCUGUUUGACAAGGGCGUGGAGAUGGAAGUCGGCGUGCAGACCGAUCUGUUCCUCGACCGACCCGCUACGCCGAUUUACGUGCCGGCUAAGACUGGUGCUGAUGCCGCUACGCAGAUCUAUCCUGGAGACCUAUUCGACUUCGACCUGGAAGUGUCUCCGAUCCUGGAGGUGCUGGUGGGGAAGACGACGGAGCAGGCGCUGGCGGAGGUGGCUCAAGAAGAGGAGUUGGCCACUUUGAGGGAACAGCAACGACGCUACGCCGAGCUCAGGGACGCCGAGCGCGCCGAGCGGCAGCGGCUGGCCGCCAUAGACCAGCGUCUCUACGAGGAGAAAGAGCGGCGCGUGGCGGAGGCGCGUGUGGCGCAAGUGGCGGCCGAGGAGGCGCGCGCGCGGGCUGCGGCGGCAACCCUGGUCCAGGGAUACGUGGCCGAGCUACUGCCCGCCGUGCUCGCUGGUCUGCGCGACCAGGGUUACUUGCUGGAGCGCGUGCACCGAGGAGUGGAUGAGGAGUUCAUGCCGUGGCUGGUGAACGCUGUGUCCGAAGAGCUCGACUUCAUCAUCACGAGCCGCGACGUCAUCACGGAGAUCGUCCGCGACGUGGUGGAGGCCCGCAACGAACUGUACCGCGCUGCCGCAGAAGCAGAGGCUCAAGUUGAGGAACCGGAGGAAUCCAUCACUCCGCCGUCCACCCAUGAAGAGGAGGAGGAGGAACCAGAAGUGGCGACGUAGAACACAGCUUAUUCCACGAGCCCAACAGGAGGGAUUACGGGCUGGAUCAGACCUCCGAGCCGUAGUUUGGAGAACCCUGACUUAUCACAAGCAAUUUCGCGUGCUGGAUAAUUGGUCUCUGUAAAUAUAGUAGCUGUGACUCCGUCCAUACGCAGGUUUUUUGGAAAGUUAUUACCUACCGAGUAGAUUCUUAGAAAGAUAAUAUAUAAAUAUAACCACAACAAAAAUAACUUAUCUACGACACGUCGUUUAACUAAAGGGCGAGUUAAAGGAAAAUUCGAAUUGUGAGAAAUCCUUUUAGCAAGUCGCCUAAAGAAGUAUGUAGGUAAUCAAUAACUGUAAUUUUUUUUAUAACCUGUAACUUUCUUAAUCGUUUUUCAUACUGAAAUAUUUUUGCAACAGCAGUGAUUACUCACUUACAAAUUUUAAUCUUUAUCUUAAGUUUUCAGUACUAUGUUUGUUAAAAUUAGCCUCAUUUUGUACUGUUGACUAUUGUUUAAACCUUUUAUUGUUUGUGUCGAGCUGCGACGUUUGUACAUUGUGUAGAUGUAGUUCUAUAGUUAAUAUUUAAACCCUUAUUUGUUAUUAUUAUCAGACAUCGUACAUUUUCCAGCAUUUUUGGUGCAGCAGAGUGGUGUUAACGGAAUUGGUACCUAUAGAUAAUUUCAACUGGAAUGGUAAAUUAAGGUUAAUAUUA